GGGGGAAAUAAGUACAGGCAAACACGGAAGCGAUGACAGGGUGUUCUUAUUGGACUUUGUAAAUAUCUAGUACCGCGGAAAUUGGGUUUAAGGCUCGUCCUCGAAAAUCUUUACCGUGUACCGACAUAUAGUAUGAUUAGAGAAGAGAGAAAGACAGCGCGGACUCUAAACGACGCUUAAAUAGGUGGCGCACACCGCAAGGUCUUCUUGGCACGCGAGUUCUUCCUGCGGAAGCCACUCUGGGAGAUUUACCACGAAGAUUAUAAGCAUAGUCCUCGUCCUGGUCUUCGUUGUCGUUCCGCGUAUUUCUUUACCGUUCUCCUUUCGAACGAUCAGCAAUUCUUCACGUUGUGAACGGUACGAUUAUAACCCCAAAAUUCACUCUCCAGAACUGCCAAGAGGGUUAAGCCAUUUGUACACGACGUGGGUCUCGCGUGACGCCAGGAACUUUCUAGACGUGAGAAUUAAUACAGAUACUUAGUUACGAGCAAAUAAGAUGUUCCCAGUUCGGAUAGAAUCUUCGCGAAGAUUCGAUAAGGGCUUUUUGUAACCUAAAAAAAAAGUCUUUGUAUACACGAGAUUGAAGUAUCCUUCAUGGCUGAGUUAAGGGCUGCCAGGUAAAUAUUGUCAAGUGAAUACGGAAUCGAACGUCAACACGUUUUCCCGUUGUAUCGUGCGGGAAUAAUGAAAUAAAUCAAACAGCAGUGUAUAACCAGCCAAAGAAGGAGAGACCUCUAGUGGUGAAUAUAAUUACUAGUCCCGUAUGAUAGCGUGUCCUGGAGACAUCAGUCAACUCGGCACCCACCUACGGCAAUGACGGCGGUGCUGGGCAGCGACUUUUCAAAUGGAAACAUAGGAAACGUGAAACUAUCACGGCCUCAUUAGGUAUAUUUAAUAGAACUUCGAUCCUUAUUUAGACUAUGAUAGAAGCUGAUAAACGCAGAUACCAAAGACCGUAGGAAAACAGCCAUAACGCGUUGUCUCGUCUAAUUCGCCAAAAGAGAAAAAACCCUUUCCUGACAAAAAAAGUAUCCAGGUAUCCAGCCAUUUUUUCAACCCUACCAAUGUCACUGCUGGCAGUAAGCUGCACAGCCAACUACGUCAAGAGAAUACUUUUCAUUGCUGUCGAGAGAGAGCAUUUCGCUCGUGUAAUGCACUCCACGCUGACUACAUAGUCAGUCCAAGGGGUAGACAAAAGCGGCCGGAGUCUAUUUCCCGCACGAGCGAGGCGGUUCGUGUUCCCAUUGUCAGCGACACCCGAGAGUGGUUACAAUAGGGCCUGGUCUCUCUGACUGUGUCUCCUCUCUUUCGAUCCUUUUGCAAAUGCCUACCGUCCCUCUCUGGCUCCGUGACGUUAGCUCCGUUCCAUCCGACGUCAUCCGAUCAUACAUCAGCCUGGAUGCCUAGUCCAGAAAUAAUAAGUCACCUUGAUGCGAUCCAGAAGCACAAGCAGCAGGAAUAGUAACCCAGCUCCCAAAAGUCUAAAUGCACGCGUACGUGGACACACGUGAGUUCAGGCUGUUCAGGCUUUUACCACGAGUGAAGACUAUAACUGUUCCUCGGUCGAUUGGGCUGUGUAAAAGGGGCCAAUGCGGCACUACAGAAAUGAGUAUCUUCGCCUAGACAGGAGGCAGCCAUAGCAAGGGAUGCUUCUACGAGUCAUGCAUCAUACAUCACGGACUAGGAGCCUCGUUGACUACUGGAAAGGCAGGAUUCGAUGAGUGAUUGAUGCCCUGCCUUGGGUAUAGCGAUAUGGAAGUCAAGAAAGAAGCCCCAGUAGGAGUCUCCUCGGAAGGAAUAAUCCAUCCCCAGGUUACUACGUCUCUUCGUGGAUCCUCCAAAGGGUGUAGCUACUAUCACCCAAGAGGCUAUAAGCGUCUAUCUGGCAAAGCCACGCGGUUACUACAGGAAAUUCUAAGGGACAGUGUCAUGGGGAUUUCUAGAGUGUAUUGCGGAGAACGUUGUAAAGUCAACACGCACCUCGCAAGGUGUUUAUGCUAACGUAGUUGACGUCGGCGUCGCGGUCGGACGUGACGUCUGACGUCGCGGAAACGGCGGAUCCGUCAGGCGACAGGUAUCGCGAUAGCGUCCUGCUACCAAGAAUCGCUUUUAUGAAUACUUAUAAGUGGGUUAGAAGGCUCGUAGACAGGGGAUGAAGGGGGAUGUCGUGAUAGAAGGCGAAAACGAUCUUGGCAUGUCCGUAGUCUGGUUUACGCCUAGACAGAACACGUGGUGGCCCCACUGAGAAAUGGCGUCUAUCUAAAUCCGUAAUGUAAGCCGGGUGGGAUAUGGAUAACGUCCUCUGCACUCGGCACUGGCUUACCUAGAAUUUACAUUCGGUCGAUUAAUAGUUACACUCUGUAGUCUGGACCAUGGAACAAGCUUGUAGAUAUAACUAUAUACACUGCAUGUAUACGUAUAUACAGAUCCAUACUCUAAAUUGCUAUAGUGUCAGAGGAAAACCGUUUAACUCUAUCUGAACUAGUAUAGAAUCAGUGAUAAAAAUUGAUAGAAUAUAUUUUUAAAAACAUUAAUUUUAUAUAUACAUAUAUAUAUGUGUAUAUUACCUGUAUCGUUUUUUCAUGGUACUUUCGAUAAACGAGAACAGUCAAGGCUGAUACUUUUUGUCUCAGGCAGCAGUCCAACUGCGAUUUCUCGCAAAUGACGUUUCUUAGCUCUUCUUUCUUAAUUAUACAGUUGGACAAGUACAGGGGAGUACAGAGUGGGCACGGAAAUGGCUCGAUUAAUUUUAAAUGGCUCCGUCGCGGCUAGAACCGUUAAUCCGUGUCUCUGUAUACGUAUAUACAUAUGUGAAAAAGCAUUUUAUGACUUUACCGUUCCACCAACAGUGACAAUCGCAAUGAUCCUAUACACGUGCGAGUGUACAUAUACGUGAAGAUUCUAGAGCGUUCCUCGAUUUAUCGAUCAUCCAAACUUAUUUAAGAAUCAUUUAUUUAUUUAUUGUAGAAAGGCAUCAUCUUUCAUUCAGAGACGUAAUAUACGUAUACUUGUAUUUUUUUGUACCGUAGAAAUAGCUUGUACGUCCAUCGGUUUUACGACUAUUAGCUAGCAGCUAUUAGCGACCGUGGUAAUAUUUACAAGGGGUAAACCAGAGGCCAAUGUAUCACUCGGGAGAUUAGUUAAAAAUUCGAAUCGGACCCAGUUUCCUGAAAAGCGAUCGACCCUGAUGGAAACCCUUGGCCAAUAAUAUCCUCGUUAGCAGCUUCGCGUUUCUCGCUGGCUUCCUGUUUCUUUCUCUUUUUUUUCACUCCUUUCUUAUCUCUUUUACUUCCUCUUCUUCCUUCACUUUACUCUCUCAUCUUGAUAGCCCGGCCAGAUACCGAUCUUUCAAAUUCUCGUGCUUCACGUCCCCUUUGAAAAUUACUCAACGCCAUCCGCGGUACCACUAUAAUAAUUCAUGGCUGAGAUUGUAUGCUCUGGUGCGGCUUCCGCCCUCAUCUAAUUUCAUUUAGUAUAACGUAGGCUAAUUCCGCAAAGAGCCACUUAGCCAACUCGAAUGGCCGGCGAGCAUGGUGAUUCGCGUGGAAUUUGAUAGUAUCGACUCUUUCCUUUGUUCUUUUUAUUGAUCAUUAGACUCGGCCGAGUAUGAAGUAACGUUACAUCGAGUCCGUAGAUAUAAUAUUUAUUGGCUUUAAGAACACGUUAGAUAAUAUUGGAAACUUAGCCUGGCAAUAUUCAUAAGUAGCUGCAUAUCAAUAGUCUGAUGGUUGGUAGAUGUCAAUGUUCAUUUUGAGGUUAUAAAGAAAGCGACUGUGGAACAGGGGUAUGAUUAAUUGUAAAAAAUUGAAUAACCUCCACCGUUUGAGUAUUGUUUUAGCCUCGUAUCGAGUUUCCCUAAUAUUUAGUGCAAAUGAUGUGUACACACCAUGCUUGUUGAACGAUCAUGCGGUUAACGAGGCAGCCCUGAUUUAUGUCCAUGUAAAUUGCAGCGCCGGCUGAUUCGCUAAGCUAAGAGACUAGAAGCGUCUGUUUCCCAUGGGACUGUAGAAGGGAGAGGCAUGAUAAAUAAAUCAGGCAUAACGAUAUAGAAUUAAAUAGACUGUUAAAAGUAAAGGUAAUCGCAUUAAUACACUCGCCCAUUAGAUCAAGUAGAACUUAGCUUUUUCAUAGUGAAACGUUGAUGCGACGUUUUUUCAAUUGUUCUCUGCCGAUUUACAGUAAAGAAGCCAAGCACAGAAAUAACGGGACGCAGGAUGAUAUCGACGCUGGACGUUCCAAGAUUGAUCGAGCGUCUCGCAGGUCAUUCGACCCUUGCCAAGAGGAUCUAUUCAUCCAUUUUGAACGUGACGCUUCGUACUGACAAGGAAUAUUUUAUCCAGCAGCCAAGUGACGCGAGCUAUCAGAAUUAUUUUACGAUGCAGAUAUACAGAGUGGCAGAUGCAUCAGCGGAUGCUGCACGGAUGCUGGACACGGUGCAGAAUGGUUAUGGAUAGAGGCUGGAGUAUAUUGGAGUCUGGGUAAGACGGCCUGAUGGGUCCUCGUCUUGGUCGUUAAUCCCCUCCUGGGUUUCCGAGAGCGAUUAAUCUCGUGAGCAACACACCUGACGUCCUUGACCCUCGGGGUAGGAAGGUCGCGGAGACGUCAAGGACAUGCAUGCAACGGCGUGGGAUCGAUGGCGCAGUAAACGCCAUACUUUCCAUAGAAGAGGAUCGUUUAAACGCGAGGGUAAACGCAUCUCCAAGGUAAAUCAUCGCCUACCGUGCUAUGCGCGACCGAUGUGCGCAUGCGCGAGCAUAUCGCUGGGAGCAGGGGUCCACUGUUUUUGCCUGUCGAAUUUACGAACGGCACGCGAGCAAACACUUCGUACUGAAGAGGGAUGAUGAUGGUGCACGUAAUCGGCCUUGCUCUUUGCGACUAGAUGGACUUGGGUGAGACACUGUGGAUUGGAGGUUUGGAUCUCGGCCCCAGGAGUGGCCCAGGGGUUACCCUGGGGACCUGGAAGUGGCUGGACAAGACGAGGUGGCUAGGAGUAGGACUAGAAGGCGGAGGCGGCCGCUAUGAACGCCAGCGUCAAUGUCGAAAGGAACUCCUGGCGGCUACCUCCCGACGAGACCGUCCAGGUCGCCGAUCCCAGAUCGAAGUCUGCCCAGGUAAAAGAGGACUUGACGUACGCCGAGGGUGGUCACAAUUGGAGGAGCAUAGUUUUCUCUCUACUGGUUAUUGGACUUGUUAUAGCCGGAAUUGUCACAGCCAUCUACCUCCUUGGUUACGUCGACGAGCUCCUCUACUGGAGCGGAAGGAGAUUGAGCUUGGAAGAGUGCCUUCGCGGAGACCUGACACCCCAUCGGUUACCACCAGCCUGGAUUUCUCAUGAAAAGUUUGUCUACCAAGCGGACGAUGGCUCUCUGGCUCUCCUGGACACCUCCAACAAUUCAGUUUCUCUUCUCGUUUCGAAUCACACCCUUAGGCAACUCAACGUCCAGGGUUAUCAGUGCAGCUCGGAUCUACGCUACGUACUCUUCAAGCACAACGUUAAGCCAGUAUUCCGUCACACUUUCACGGCCCACUAUACGGUCUAUGAUGUCACCAAUGAUCACCACACUCCACUCAGAUUACAUGCUUCGUCGAGGAUUCAGCAGAGUCGACUCCAGCACGCGGCCUGGCUCGGCAAUACCACGGCACUCCUGAUGAUAUCCGAUAAUGAUAUUUAUCUGAGGAUAACACCCUCAGCACCAGAAGAUACGCGUAUCACAGACACCGGUAUACCAGGGGUGAUUUACAACGGGGUGCCUGAUUGGUUGUACCAGGAGGAGGUGUUGCCACGUCCGGAAGCAAUCUGGCCAAGUCCAGACGGAUCACAUAUCCUAUUCGCCAGCUUCAAUGAUACCAAAGUGUCCGCCCUGGAGUUCCCUUGGUUUGGUGCUCAAAUAGGCCAAGACGGAGCUAGUUCCAGUCCCCUUAGUUCACCUAGAAAAGGCUUCUUUCCGCCGUCUAGAUCGGUCAGGUAUCCGACGCCAGGUUCAUCCAAUCCUGAAGUGGAAUUGUGGAUGUUUGAUCUGAGCAACAGCAGUGCUGCCAAUACGACAAAUGCCACUGUGGCUAAGGUGAAAUUAAAGCCACCGCCUGCUCUGGAUGGACAAGAAUACUAUCUGAUCUCUGCCGGUUGGGUAGGCGAUGAUUCUACUCAGAUAGCCGUAGUCUGGAUGACGAGGUCUCAGAAUCUUUCAAUAGUCUCAGGCUGCCGUACGCCGACCUGGGAGUGCGAGGAGACGCACUCGGAAAGGGCGCCGGAAGGACAGUGGCUUGAUGCUCAGCCACAUCCGGUUUUCGCGCCAGACGGUGACAGCUUCCUGCUCCUGGCGGCUGUACAGGAAGGUGGUCAGGAGCACUUUACUCAUAUUAAGCACGUGACGCUUACUCAGCAAAGGAUAGCUGUACUUUCGCAUGGGCGCUACGAGGUGAGUGAGAUCCUUGCUUGGGACACUCAGGCCCAUUCAGUUUACUACUUAGCCACCAGGGAAAAACGACCUGGACAGAGGCACCUAUACAUGGUGCGUGAUCCAACCACGGACGAUCCUCGAAGGCUGGAACCCCUCUGUGUCACGUGCGACCUGGGGGAGGUUCUCUGGAGUAGUCGGUUUUACUACACUAAUUGCACGCACUUUAGCGCCUCCGUUAGUCCUCCCUCGGUUAACGGUGGUCAGGGUUAUUAUGUACUUCACUGUGAAGGUCCUGGACUUCCAUUAGCCGGCGUUCAUUCAAUGACCACCCAUAAAAUGGUUAGGCUUCUCUAUGACACCAGGAUACAGAGGGCGGAUAGACUCUCACAGUUGGCACUUCCAACUAGAAGAAGCUUCGAGUUAUCGUUGCCCCAGGGUUGGAGAGCACACGUACAACUUCUGUUGCCUCCAUCCUGGCGAGAGGAGCUCAGGGACGCAGCGUUUCCCGUUCUGGUUGAGGUGAACGGUCGGCCAGGAAGCGAGGCGGUCACUGACAAGUUCAGAAUAGACUGGGGGACCUACAUGUCCAGUCACAAUGACGUCGUCUACGUGAGACUGGAUGUGCGCGGAGCCCGGGGUCAGGGUAAACGUGCUCUGUUCCGAAGAAUCGGAGGCGUCGAGGUUCAGGAUCAGUUGACCGUCCUGAGGCAUCUUCUGGACACGCUCAAAUACCUGGACGAAUCCAGGGUAGGAGUCUGGGGCUGGGGAUACGGUGGCUACGUAACAGCCAUGGUCCUCGGGAGUCAACAAAAUGUCUUCAAGUGCGGCGUGGCCGUAAACCCCAUUGCAGACUGGUUAUACUACAACUCUGCCUUCACGGAACGAGUUCUUGGUGCUCCGACAGAGAAUUACAAGGGUUACGUGGAAGCUGACCUGACGCAAAGGGCGCGAUUAGUACCGAGUCACAGCCUCUACCUUCUUCAUGGUCUAGCAGACCUCACAGCGCCUUACACGCAUGGCAUAGCUUUCGCCAAGUCUCUAGCGGAAGCGGGUGUCAUCUUCAGAUACCAGAGCUAUGCGGACGAAGAUCACGCCCUAUCAGGAGUGCUCGAGCACGCCUAUCGUUCCAUGGAGGACUUCCUCGCCGAGUGCCUCGCCCUGGACGCCUCCUAGUGCCUCAAAUCGAUUUAUCCCUCGUUACCGAUACCACAUCUACUUGCUGACCUUAGGAAGGCCACGGGAGAGAUCGGCCGAGCUCCCAAAAGCACGUCGUCCGAACGUAGGUACCAUAGUGGAUGGACGAUAAGAAAAGAAACUCACUUUCUGGAAAAGAAAUACGAAAACUCCUCCUCCCCGAAUAGCCACCACCCCUCUACCCCUCGUGAGUUUUACGAACCCUCGCUAAGUUAGGCAUAAAUAUUGAGCGAGAAGCUCGUGAAAGCCUCGAGCCUAAAGUCUGGAAGCCUAAAAAAAAUUAACAAGAGUGCAUGAGACUGUAUGUGUGUGUACGUACGAAAAUCUAAAAAAAAAUGAAAGAGAGAGUAUCAGACAGGCAGAAUGCGGAGAAAGUGAGAGAGCGCUAAUACCAGUGUACUUAGUGAUGGAUUGAUUGAUACGAACACCGGUCCCCUUUUACUCCCCUCGCGUUUCCACCGUUAGAUAUGGCAAAUAAUUCUUAUUGAUAGUGAGGAAAAUGAUUAAGAAGAAUCUUAUGAAAAGUUCCAUCAUGUUUGUAUGACUAAUAUUGUUAUAGCGUUGUGUAUAUCUGCCUUAUGCGUCACUAUAAUUCUUUCCUAAUACCUAAUAUCACUGUAGUACGAUCCAAGUCACCACUGGAUCUCUCUGGCGAAACGUGACAUCUUGAGAUACCUGUCUUAAUAACGUUCACGAUUGAUCGCACGUAGGAGUCUGAUAAUAAGGCACUAAAUACUCCAAAGAAUAACUCUCAUGUUUCAUGUUAUCACGUCUUUCCAUAAUCUGAUUACCGUGUCACCCCCUAUUCGCCCCUUGCUCCCCGCGAUUACCUUAUGAUAAAUGCCUGCUCACCAAAAAAAAAAAAAAACUCGUUAAAUUUAUGUUGUACAGCUCGCUGCCUAGUCUAUGUAUAAUAAUGUUAUAUAUAUUAUAUAUAUAGGGUGAGAAAGGUGAUGAGCGAUAGAGAAAGAGAGAGAAUGUCCCCCUCCUUUAAGGAGCCUCAUGAACCCAUCCUAAAUUCCCUCUUCCACCCCCUCCCGCCCCACCUCCAAAUAUUUGUAAAUAAUAACUCAUUCUAAUCAUUAUGGUAAAAUGCGACGUCACUGACCGCCUUUUCGCCGGAUGUGAUGAAUUUUUCACGUGGAGGGGAAGCAUGAAAAAGAUUAUUAAUAAUAAUUCGCGUUUCGUUUGACUAACGAAAAUGACAUGGUCAGGUGGUCGAUGGCUUUGCUGAAUGGAUAUAAGCAUACGAGUGAAAUGGCAGCACCGAGAGUUCGGCUAGUAUAAAUAGAUAGGAAUUUAAUAAUGGCGGCCUCGCUUAGCUGUAACUCAAACGUGAAUGUCUCAGAGAGAAAUGUUUCUGUUGCGAAUGUUGCCACGCUUGUGAAAAAAAAAAAGUCUGGAUGAGGAUAGUGAGACAGAGAGAUAGAGAUAAUUACAUAAGGAAUAAUAAGAAGUGAAAGUUGAGGGAUGAAUUUCCGGCGAGGGCGCGGUCACUGCAUACAACGGCGCGUUUGUCUUUGAAUUAAAAUAAAGAAUUCGAGCGUUUAGCGUGGACAAUGGACUCGAUGAAGAAAAGAGAACAAAAAAUAGAGGUGUACACGCCACGCUGUGCCAGCAGCCCUUAUAUGCCGACAAUCAAGGCUAGUGCAACUAAUCAAACAAUAAAUGAAAAAAAAGAGAGGAUGAAGAAAAGUAAAUUGAAGGAAAUUAAUAAAUAAAAUAAUUACUGUUGAGCGCUUUGUGUGAAACCGUGGCGAGAUUGAGAGAGAGAUAGAUAUAUAUAUAUAUACACAUAUAAGGGAAUAAAAAGAGUGAGAGAAAGAGAGAUAAUGAAAAACUGAGAUCGUUGUUCCAGUAUUUAAAAUAUCCAGGCGUCGGCAAGUGUCGCCACCUACAGGGACGCUUAAUCAACUGGCACUGAUGCUUCUGCGACGAUAAUUGCAUUCUCAAUCUGAUCAAUCAAUUAGUCUGUUAUGCGAUCACAUCGGUUAUCCCUAUAAUAGAAUACCGAAUUUAUGUAAUAAACGACUCUGAACAUUUUUCUCAACGCUUCACGAUGAACGGUCAAUAAUAUAAUUACAACUACGACACAUGAUAUUGGUUGAACGUUAAUUAAUGAACUCAGCCUAGAGUGGGCGCAUGCGCAUUCAACAGUUGCAAUAUUGAAUAAAGUUUGCGUGUGGAAUUAAAAAGUAAAUAGAGGAAGAGAAAGAAAGAGAGAGAGAGAGAGAGAGAGAGAGAGAGAGAGAGAGAGGAUAUUACGCAAUAGUCGAGGAAACUUCAGAGCAUCAAAGAUUCAAGGAUGCGUUUGAGGGAAUAAUAAAGAUAGGUUUGCAGAAACGCGAGGACGAUCUGAAAAAAUAAAUAAACUAUUAAAUAUUGUGAAGAUUCGUUAGUGACUGGAGAUAGAUAGUGAGAGUGAGUGUGUGUGUGAGAGAGAGAGAGAGAGAGAGAGAGAGAGAGAGCAGAAAAAAUUUUAGAUAAGGAAACAAAAAACGAUUUAGAGGAAUAAAAUACAAGAGGUUAAGCACGAUCUUGCAUCGAUUCGAAAUGCAAAUUCGUUAAUAAAUUAAAUUUGACAAGCGAAAUGAUCCUCGAUCGGAGAGACGAAAUUACCGUGGGUGGCGGGGAACGGAACUACAAAGCCCACGAGAGUAAAGAAGUAAGAACUACAAUCAAUUAUUAAAUAUAAUUAACGCCACUAAUUGAAUAACUAAACGUGAGUGUAGAUAUUGGAUAAAGAUUGAAGAACCGAGGCGAAGAAGAUAAAAGAACGACAAGGAGAAAAUGAAAAUUCUUAUCGAGUCAAAGGGUAGAGGAGAGAAACUAGAAAAAAAAGCUAAUGAUAAAAUUGAAUUAUUACAAGAAAAAUCUUUGGUAGCAGCGCAUAGGGAUAAAUAAUAGCUUUUGGUAACGUAUAUCGUCGCUAGUGUUAAAGAACCCCCUUCAACAUCCCAUAAAAACCCCCCUCUUACCCUGUUGAUACCCAAUUCAUAAAAAUUCAUGGAAAUUCAACGUUAAGCGAGCGAUAGACAGUGUGAAAGAAUAAUCAGUGAGAUAGAGAGAGAGAGAGAGAGAGAGAGCGAGAGGGAAUGAAAGGAAAAAAAAAUUAAUAAAGUAAAAGGAAUUCGAUGUGUCCACGAAAUCGGUAAAAACCUAUAUACAAUGCACUCGAAAGAUAUUUGUGAUCCUUAUUCGUUUUGACGUCAUCAAAAGGGACUCCUGGUCAAUUAGUUACGCGAUCGUACGUUGUUGAAUGUAGGUGAAAAGAAAAGAAAGAAAGAAAGAAAAAAAAAAGAGAGAAGAAUACGAGAGAAAAGAUGAAAUUUUUUCUCCUUCCCUCCUUCGGGAAAUUUAUUAAUCCUCCUGUCUUGUUGACCUCCAGAUAAUUGUCCGUUUCUCAUCUGGAGACGUUAUACGGGGAAUUGAUAUAUCGCCAUCUUUAAAGGAUCGCGCAGUUAUGUUAUAUAUAUAUAUAUUACAUAUGGAUAUGUACAUAUUACAUAUUACAUAUGGAUAUGUAAUAUAUACGUAGGUAUAUAUUAUAUGUAGACAUAUAUAUAUAUAAUAUAAGGCACCUUGCCGAUUUUGUGGACGGCACUAGUUAUCUUCCAUGUAACACCCACAAGAUAAUCAUGUUAUUAAGACUCUGCGUUUUUUAAUAUCAGCGAGGCUCAGCCCGUGCAUCGGGCGGACAACGUGUUUUCAAUAAACUGUUACAUUACCUGAAAAAAAAAAAAACCAA